AUGAGGUCACAACUAAUAGAUACUCAACAACAGCAGCAACUGUCAACAAUGAUUCCAGUUCGUUAUCGAAUUUUACUUUAUUUAAAUAUUUUUUUGAUAAUUGUUGAUAUAUGUAUUAAUACAUUUGAUGAAUUUCUUGCACCAAACACAUUUGGACAACUUAUUAUAUUUAUUAUUCAAGAUGUGUGUAUUGUCCUUUCAAUUACAUUACUUAUCGUAAUGGUUUUAACAACUUAUGUUGCUCAGGCUGGAUUACUCUGUCUACUUCUUCGAAUGUUUCGUUUUUCAAUUAUUGUUGCUUGUUUUUAUUUAGCACUUUGUGCUGUUGUUCAAGCACUUAUACUUGUUGAACGAUUUCAGGAAAGCACAUUCAUAACAAGUGCUUUUCUAAAACCACAAGUAUUAGCUUUGUAUGUCGUUCAACGAACAUUUUCAGUUUUAUAUUAUUAUGGAAUGAAACGUGCAGCUUAUCGUUUAAGUGAUCCUCAUUUUUAUCAAUCAUCGAAAUGGUUACAAAAUCUUUGGGAAAAACGUCGUAUGGCUGCUACAGGUGCAGCAAUGCAUGCAAAUUCAGCAGCUGGAUCUACAUCAACUGCACUUCGUUGUUCUUGUUGUGAAAUUUUAUAG